AAGUUAGUUAAACACUCAGACAGACUGUACAUACAUGUAUGAACUUCUUUAAAUAUGGUUUUCAUAGAGGGGAGGGGGAUGCCGGGGGAUGAGGAGAGCUAAAGUGGUGGCUUUGAGGACUUGAAUUCCAAAAUUCCACCACGAUAAACGAACUUAGCAAAAGCGGCCUGAUUUAAAAAAAAGUUCUAUUCUUGUUCUUGGCAUUAAACAGCUUUUCCAUUAAAAAAAAUAUUUGGUCGAUCUAGUAGUAGCUGCACUGAUCUGUUUCCGCCUAUCCGGGGGUUUCCGUACAGAUCAGUGCAGCGAGACUGUAUGACGUCAUGUGUCAAAGGUCAAAUAGGACAUACCCCGUAAUGUUUACAAAUUUGCAAUCGCUGUCGCUUAUUAUUGUCGCUUUAUUCACGUAGCUAGCAGAGGGUAAAGUGAUUCAUCAUGGUAAGGGUAUGUGCCAUCAUCGGUUGUAUAAAUAGUACCAGACUGUUAAACGCAUGGUACGUUCAACUGUGUGACAUACAUGGACGAAAGAAUGGAAGCUGUAUUUGCCACCCUCCGUUCACACUCUUUCCAUUUCCAUCUGAAAAACAACAACCAGAAAAACGUGAACACUGGAUGAAAAUGGUGAACAGAAAAAACAAGGAUGGUGGAGAUUGGCAGCCAAAAAGCUACGACAGAAUAUGUUCGAGACAUUUUAAAGAAAGAGAGCCUACGGACUCAUGGCCUGUUCCAACGGAAAACGUCGGCUACCAGAUACCGUCUCCAACAUCAAAGUCUCCAAGGCAACCACCCAAAGAAAAACCACCACAUUCACAGGUCCUCCAAGAAGCGAAAGCAAAAAGAAAGCACAAAAGAGACCUGCCAUCUACGGGCAGAUCUCUAGAGGAUGUGGAUAUUAAAUUAGAACAAGCUGAGGAUGAAAUUGAUACACCUCCAAUGAAGAAAACAUUCCAAGGCCUUAACGAUCAUGACUAUGUGAAGUCAACCGACAAAAGUGAAUGUGCACAAUGCCGUGGAAAAGAAGAACAUAUACAAAAUCUUGAUACAAUUAUCAUGAAACUAAGGAAUCAACUCAGAGAGCAAGAAGCUAAAUCAAAGCACCAACACUCAAGAUUUAAGAUCAGUAAAAAAAAAGUAAUAAAAUCAGAUAAAACCGUGAAUAUAUAUAUACAUAUACGGUACUGGCAUCAGCUCCAAAGAAAAGUUGAAAAGUCUUCAUUCCUUCCUGGAGCCAAAAAAGACGAGGUGUUGGAAAGGAGGAAAACCUUUUCCACGAUCGUCACCAUGUUCAUCACCAAGAUAAUUGUUGAUCCAUUUUCAACAAAGGAAAUUAACAAAAGACUUUACUACAUUUCGUUGACAAUCAGCCGUAGAUGAAAGAUUUUAUGCAUGGCUGAUUGUCAUCGAAACAGAGUUAGGUCUUUUGUCAAUUGUGCUUUUUGCUACGGCAGGCAGCCAAUGAAAACAAAUUUGUUUGCUAAAAUUAUGAAAAUGUAAGGGCUACUUUAAACAAACAGAACUUUGUCAU